AAAAGUGUGCAGGUGAGGACAUUCUACAGUGUGAAAGAGGAAGAGCUUCCAAGAGGCCAGUCAAGGAUCUAAAGAGCUUUAGAUUCAUAGACUCAAACUCCAGCAGGCAGAUCCUGAAAGCCACACCAUGUUUGGGUUCAUGCAAAAGCGCCUUGAGGAACACUUAAUAGAGCGGAGAAUUUGGAAGAACCGGUUGGUGACCAAAGAUGGCCACUGUAACAUCGAAUUUGGCAACGUAAAGUACAGCAACCACUUUGCCCUACUUGCAGACUUCUGGACGACCUUCAUAGAAGUCCGCUGGCGUUUCAUGAUCUUCUUCUUUGUCGCGUCCUUCACCCUGAGCUGGUUUAUCUUCGGGUUGCUGUGGUAUUGGAUUUCCCGAAAUAACGGGGACCUGUUCUGGCAGGAGCAUCUAGAUGAGCACUCUCCCUGCGUGGAGAACGUCUACGGAAUGACCACUGCUUUCCUCUACUCCCUGGAAACCCAAACCACCAUUGGCUAUGGUGGCAGAGCCAUUACCCCCGAUUGCCCUGGGGCUGUGGCCCUGCUAAUCAUCCAAUCUCUGAUCGGAGCCAUUAUUAACUGCUUCAUGUGUGGAGUAAUCCUCGCCAAGAUCUCCCUACCUAAGAAGAGGGCCAAGACUAUUAACUUCAGUGAGAUGGCCGUCAUCUGUCCGAAGAAUGGCACCCUUUGCCUGUCCAUUAGGGUGGCCAACCUUCGCAAGACCCUAAUGAUUGGGAGCCAGAUCUACGGCAAGCUGUUGAGGACAACCAUCACACCAGACGGAGAAACCAUUAUCAUGGACCAGGUGAACAUUGAUUUCAUGGUUGACGCUGGGAAGGACAAUCUCUUCUUUGUGUGCCCCCUCACACUGUACCACGUGAUUGACAAGGCCAGCCCUUUCUUUGACAUGGCGGUGGACACGCUGCACAAGCAGGAGUUUGAGCUUGUGGUCUUCCUUGAGGGCACAGCCGAGUCCACAAGCUCUGCUUGUCAGGUGAGAACCUCCUUCAUUCCCCAGGAGAUCAUGUGGGGUUACAACUUUAUGCCUAUCAUCUCCCGCAGCAAGGAGGGCAAAUACAAAGUGGACUUCUCCAACUUCUCCAAGGUGGUGCCUGUGACAACUGCACACUGCGCCUACUGUUUCCAUGAUAUCAAGGGAAACCACCAUCACUCCAUGACUGGAACUGACAACCAAGGCUUUGAAGUGAUUGAAAUCGAACAGCACAACAACACCAAAAUGUGAUACUUUUGUUUGGUACCAGUGUCACACAACAUGUGUCACACCAUAAUGUUGCGAAUAGAGUGAAUCAACUCUGGCUGAGGCAACAUAAAUGACCUGUUUGAGGGCCUCAAAGAUCACUAGACAGUCUGGAAGACGACGGAGAGACAGUGCCUUAUGGGAAACAGUGGUGCAGAGUUGGCGUCACUGCUAUUUGUCAGAUAAGAUCAGAUAACAAGCUUACUUAUGUGCUCCAGCCCAGGUGGAGAAAAAAUUCUGCCACGUGGCAAAGAAUGAAGUUCGACUCAACUACAGCAUUAAACUUGAGGCUUACAGCGGAGCACGAUGUGGAAAUGCUGAUAUGUUGCUUUACCUUACAAUGUGAUUAACAUGAAAGAUUAAGUGAAUUUUGAGAAAUUCACACCUGAACCUAAACUAUGAAGGGAUUUCAUAUGUAUCCUUAUGUAAGUUGACUGAUGAAUAAUGUUCAAAAGACUGAAGAAUGUACUGAUGUACUAAAUAUUAGGCUUUUGCCUAAAAAGCAUCACUCAGGUAAACAGUUGCAUAUCUCCAUGACUUGUAUGUGAUUGUACACCAUAUAAUAGAUGAUUUGUGAGUAUUUGGGUAUUUUAUCUCAGGGUGAAAAUAACAUUUAAUAAAAUAUAUUUUUGCUAAAACCUUU